AACACGCUGAAAUAGAACAUUUGUGUUGUGACACCAGGAAACCUGCAAUACUCUGACGAUCCUUUUGUAACAUCCUGCACAGCCUCUUCUCUAAAGCUUUUUUUGUAAGGUCGGGCUCAAAUAUUUUCAAAUGGACUGAUUCAUACUCCUGCACUUGACUUUAGAAUAUUUUCAUCUGGGACUUCAGCAUCAUGUCAGAGGCAAGCUGCUUUAAUCAUCAGUGCCCAAGUUGCAGAAAGUGUAGAUCAAAGACAUCGGAGGACAUGUUGUAGCUGUGUUGGGGGUUGUCGUUCUCUGUAAGUCAUAAGGCCAUCUGAUCAGCCAGCUGAUCACUUCAACACUGCAUGCAAGAACUAGGUAGAGGAGCACAGCGGCUUAACAGGUUCCAGACCACAAGGACAACUUUAAUGGAGAGUACGGUUAGUGCUGUGAUGACCAUAAGUACACCAAAUUUGACAAGCUCUUCAAAGAUCCCAACAUCAUCUGGAUCUUCUGCCAGCCUUGGGAUUGCCAUCCUAUCAAUUGCUUUUAUUCUUGGAUUUCCAGGCAAUGCUUUUAUCAUCUGGACUAUAUUAUGUCGAAUGAAAAAACGUACAGUAACCUGCCUACUAAUUUUGCACUUGGCUAUGGCAGACAUCAUGGUCUUACUCACAGCACCAUUUUUUCUCCAUCUACUAGACACUGGAAGCUGGGUAUUUGGACAAGUCAUUUGUAAGACGUGUCAUUAUGCUAGCUGUUUGAGUAUGUAUGCCAGCAUCUUUCUGAUUACCUUCAUGAGCAUGGACCGUUUUUUAGCUGUAGCAUUUCCUUUCACUUCUCAGAAGGUGAGAACAAAACCAGUUGUCAGGGCCAUUGUAGCUACAAUCUGGGUGCUUGCAGCUUUAAUGGCCAUUCCCAUGUUAUUUUACCGUGAUGUUAAAUUCCUCUAUGGUCGUUCUUUUUGCAUACCAUUUCAUGGUUCAAAAAAUGACACUUCCACUCCCCAACAUAUCAUUUUUCAGUAUACGUUUGAAACUGUAAUAGGCUUCGUCAUCCCAUUCACAGUCAUUCUGUCCUGCUAUGUUUUCAUUGGACUGAGGCUACGCAGUGCCAAAUUUCAGACCAAGAAUAAGACAAGUCGUCUGGUAAUCAUGAUUAUAGUGACAUUUGCACUCUUCUGGCUCCCCUAUCAGUUAGUGAAUAUGAUACAGGUCUCAGGGGAGCUGUUCUCAUCGGAAACUCUAAGAAAUGCAGCUCGAGUUUCCAGGCCUAAUGCUACAGCCCUUGCCUUUCUCAGUAGCAGCGCUAAUCCCAUUUUGUAUGUGUUUGCCGGAGGAAAUUUCAUUAGGAGUGCUGGGGUGGGAUUUAUGGCCAAGCUCUUCGAAGGAACUCAUUCUGAGACCUCCAGUUUCCGUAAAAUCUCCCAGGUCUUUCGCCAAAGAAGCCACACCGAAUCUGUUGAGUUGGAAAAAUGCAAAGAUCACGUAGAGCAAAGUAAACUAUUUACAACCAAUCAAAGUGAUUGACAGUAUGAUGAUGGAAAAAAACAUGACAUUUUCUGACUGAGAUACAUUUCAAGCUUCGUUUUAAAAAUACAAGGAAAAUGGAAUGCUGCCUUAUGGAUCAUGUAACCAAACCAUAAAAAAAAGUUAUUAUUAUAAAACAAUUCCAACAUGCUACGGUACUUUUAUCAGACAAGCACAACUGAUUUGAUGACCUGGAAAAAUGCACAGAGCUUACAAAGCAGUGUAAAACAUUUGCAACCGCUCAGAUUAACAGAGAUUACUGAAAAACAUGAUAUCUGAUUUAUGGACCUUCUUUUUUUAUAACUAAUAAAAUGUAAUACUUUGUUAUGGAUGAUGCAAGAAAAAAAAGAAUGCAUCAGCAAUGCACAGCAAUUCUACAAGAUUAUACAACAGAAGGACGAUUUAUUUUCAAAUAUGGGAUUUUUUUUGGCGGGGGGGUUGGUAGGGGGUGUGGUCACAGGGUUCUUUUUUUAAUUAUAUACUAUAAAUUGUUAUUGUUUUCAAAGCAUUCUCAAAUUAUAUUUUGCAUUAGAAAAAUAAUAUAUGUACAAACUCUUAUUUUCAUUUAAAUCUAUGGAGAAAUAAAAAAUAUUUGAAUGUA